AUGGAACUGACCAACGAGUGCGACAAGUUAUCUAACCAAGACGAACUUCAAUUACUCAAGCGCGCAUAUAUGAUCAAUAAAUGCCCCUCUGGCCUAGAGAUCCGACAUCUCGCACUGAUCAUGGGUCGGUCCCAUGCCACUGUUCGCACAUGGUUCGAAGCUCACAAGCCGGUGGACACUCACGAUUCCGUCAACCGGGAAUUGCAAAAUGCACUAGAACGCUUCGACUAUCUAGAUUCCUCUGAACAGGAGGAUCAGGCUGAGGACGAAGAGUCUGAUUUGACUGAAAGUGAGGAGGAGCUCGUCACCCCGAAGAACGACCCGCUGUCCUUACAAAAAUCGAAGACAUCAAAUACUUCAAAAACAUUCUACCACGACCGCCAGAAUCAUGUAUCCGCGUCCCACGGAAGCUCUACCAUGCCAUCUACACCAGCGAUGGGAGCUCGAUCCCAAGAAUCUAGUUCCCCCACACCACGCCCAGGGAGGACCUCCUCCAGCCGUUCCUUGAUCAACGGAGAGAAGAAAGCAGCGUUAGAGAGCCACUUUAGGAAGGACCCUAAUCCGACCAUGGAAUCGCGCAAGAAGCUGGCUCUGAAGAUACAUAUUGAUCCUCAUCGCAUCAGUCAGUGGUUCGCCAUGAGGCGAUUCCGCUUGCGCCGUGCCUCUGAAGAGUCAAGCAAGUCAAAUGAAUACCUUGACGAGAAAAUUAUCAGUUGUGUCGAUGUUAAACCCGAAGAAGUACCUCGCCCGACACCAACAUUGCAUAGGAAACCCGAUCCACCGGCCGUUACGCGAGCACCAAUCAACAUGUCGCUGCGAAGUAAAACUCGAAGAGAGCCAUUUUCGUCCUCGUCGACAGAACCUCCACCGCCAAAACGGAUCCGUUUCAUUGCUCCUGCUUCUGUCAAAUCUAGAUCCUCUCGUGCUCGCCACGCUCCUCGAAAUUUCUUUCCUCAGCCAGACUGGAAUGCGCCCCCAUCCUCUAACAAAAUACCUCACUUUACGUUCUGGUUUGCUAAAGAUCGACAGGCUUCUUUCUUACCAACUGUAGCUGAUGAAAACCUCGUGGCCUGCCCGGAUGCUCAAUCCACUGUCUCGACUUUGUCCCCCUUUGUUGAUCAGUCCAGGGUUUCUCACAUGUCGAAAGCUUCCUCUGAUCUAUGUGCUAAUCCCAAACCUCGUAAUCCUGAAUUUGUCGCUAAACCUGCCGCCAACCAGUCGAGUUCAUCCAAGCCUGGCAUUUUACGGACCACUGACUUUCUUCCUUCCAUAACCAUUCAGACUGAAACCCAAUCAAGCAUUUCUCAAGUAUUUCAAACGAAUUCUGCUUCUACCUUGCUCCCUCGAUCGACUUCCCAUGCCCUUUCUGUCACAUCUCCACAAAACAUUCCAGGUACCAAGCCUGUAUCUCGUUCGAUUCAUUCGUCUAUAUCGCAAGAUCCCUUUGCUGAGAAUCCUCCAUCUCUGCCUAUGAUAGGAACGAUGCAGGGCGUCUCUCAUCCUGGCUCGCUGAUAGCUUACCCUGCUUCCACAAUAUCAAAGGCGGAUCCCAGAUAUGGCUUCCACCCUCCGGAGAAUCAAUCUUCUGUCCACGCGCAUCAUAAUCCUACUCGUCAUCACCAUCAUUAUCACGUCCUCCCUCCUCGUUGCGCUGGCACUCCUACUAUUCCUCACUCCAUCGGACGCUGGAGUUAUCCUAUGCACCUAGCCUCUUCGCAUACUUUGUUCGCGUCAGCUUCUGGAUCAAUACCCACGAACCCGCAUCUGGCGCCCCCUUCAAAAGCCACCGUAUACAGCUCUCAUGCUCUCGAUGCUAACGUUGUGACAAGCACGAUGUCGAAACUAGAUACUAUUGCUACGAUCGCUCAAAUGCAGGCACAAGCUCAAGAAUAG